GUGAGUUGUUGUUAAGCUUCUGUUUGUUUGCUCUUUUCAUGAUUUAGUCUUACAUUUUUUUUUAUUUUUGGUAAAUUUAAUCUGGUCCAACUUCCAACUUUUUCAAGGUGGGUAGUAACGGAUUUUGAGUUGUUAUUUUAGAUAUUACAUUGGAACUUGCAUUAGAGGUGUUCGCGAAAUUGUCCAAAAGAAACUAAGACUGUUUGUGGACUAUGUUAGAAAUUCACAGGAGCAAUGGCUGGAAAAGCUGUAAAGUCUGUAGCAAAAGCAGUUGGGGGAAAUCAAUAUCCGUGGCAAGAAAAGUUGGUAAAAUACAAGGAUGAGCUAUCAAAGGGAGUUUGGGGUUACUGGGAGCUUGGGGCCUGGAAACCUCUGGGUAUCAGUGCUCGCCAUCGAGCUCGGCUCCGCAAGGAAGUUGUUCUUGCUGGACAAGAUUGGCCAUACGAUCCAGCGAGGAAGGAAACGAGAACGAAGCAGAAAGGGCACAAGUGCGACAGAAUAUCAGCAGAAAAACGGGCUAAGACUGCUGAACUGAUGCAAAAAAUGCCGGAAAUGUUGGCUGAUUAUAGGAAGAGAAAGUGGGAAAGGAAGAUGAAAGCAGAAGAAGAUGCUGCCAGAAAAGCAGUGCAAGAGUAGGCAAUGUAAUCCUUUCUCUUUCAACAAAAUAAUGAAAGCAUGGGCAGCGAAUUUCGAUUUUAGGAUAAUGUACUUUUUACAGAAUUGACGAAAGAUUUCCUUGUCAGUUGCCUUGUUUUCUUAUUUUUCUGUAUUUUGGAACCUACGUGCUCAUCUAUACCGUAGCAAUGGGCACGAAUAGCGGGAUUGCCUUGUCAUUCGAGGGAGUUUGAUAA